UUUUGCACUAAAACAUAAACCAAUCAUAUCAAAGGCAAAAUAGUAAGUCUGUGAAAUUUUCCAUGUGGUGUAGAGUUACAAAAAUUUUACACUGUUCUGGUCUGCUGUACAUCACGUACCUCUUUCCCUUUGUAAAAUGGGUAUGAGAAGUUUAGGUUUGUGGGCUUGAGCACUGGUAGGGUUCUUAACCUAAAAAUUGGGGUAAAUUACUAGAAGUGACAGUGUAAUGUGUAUGGAUUCUACAUGCAGUGAUAUAAAAAUUUAAAAAUAUGCUUUUAAAAUUUUGUGUAUAAAUUCGUCUAAUACAGUUUCUUAUAAUUUCCACUGUAAACCAUCUUUGUUGUGUUACUAUUCAUACAAUCGAUAGCUGGUGGGGGAAUACGAAUACAUGUAUAGUUGAGUUGCAAUGAAUUUACUUUGCGAGAUCUUGAAUUAUAAAAAAAUAGUGCUGCUGAAAUGUUAAUAUUACUGGCAAAAUGUAGAUACAUUUGUGCUGUUUUAUUUUAUUUAUCAGUGACUUAAAUAAAUAUUAUUCUAUAUCGAAACGUUUCGGCCCAGAAGCAGUCCCGUUUUGUACAAAAUAAGUGAUUCAAACAAUCAGGUAAACUUCAUUCUCGAAAGUAACUUUUCCGCGAUCUCCGACUUAUGUUGUCAUUCUUAGAACCUGUGCCAUUAAAAAAUGUCUAAGAGGACUUUGGCAAUAUUUAAGUCAUGUGAAAACGUGAACCACGUUCAAAGGAAAUAAUUACAUUUCAGGAUUUUAUGAUGUAAAAUUACGUCAAAAUGACUACAAAAGUAGAAAAGCAGAUGAAUUGUGCAAAUGGCCUUAAGUGCCAUCCUGGUAGUUCAAAGACUUCUCCAUUAAAAUGUGGUGAUCACUAUUCACAAUACAAGGAAGAAACAUUUCAAUUUGAAGUACCUCCAGAGGCCCCAGUUUUUUUCCCUACUGAAGAAGAAUUUCAAGAUCCCCUAGCCUACAUAGCAAAAAUAAGACCUAUAGCUGAAAACACAGGCAUUUGUAAAAUAAAACCACCAGCACAUUGGCAACCACCAUUUGCCGUAGAUGUAGACAAAUUAAGAUUCACGCCUAGAAUACAAAGAUUAAAUGAGUUAGAGGCAAAAACUCGUGUCAAACUAAACUUUUUAGACCAAAUUGCAAAAUUUUGGGAACUGCAAGGUUCUUCCCUUAAAAUCCCCAUGGUAGAACGAAGAGCUCUAGACUUGUACACACUACAUAGGGUUGUUCAAUUAGAAGGGGGUUUUGAGAGUGUCACCAAAGAUAGGAAAUGGUCAAAAAUAUCCCAAAGAAUGGGAUAUCAAGUUGGAAAAAGUAUAGGGACUAUAUUAAAAACACAUUAUGAGAGGCUGCUUUAUCCGUUUGAUGUUUUUAAACAAGGGAAAACUAUCGAUAUCAAAUUUGAGCAGACUUCGGAAGACACUGAGAAAGCUGACAAAGAUUACAAACCCCAUGGUAUUGUAAAUCGGAUGCAAAUCAAACCACCUCCUGAAAAAAAUGCUAGGCGGUCGAAGCGAUUUGAAAAUGAUGAAAGCAAGACUGAAAAUUUAGCUCUUAAGAUAAAAGAAGAAAAAAGUGAAGAUGAUGAAAUGGGAAACAAGGAACUGCGACGUUUGCAGUUUUAUGGUGCUGGACCAAAAAUGGCUGGAUAUGACGAUAAGAAAGAAACUAAACCCCGAAGCAAGAAUAUUAAAUAUGAUUUUGAUCCACUUGCGAAAUAUGUCUGCCAUAACUGCAAUCGUGGUGACGCAGAAGAAUACAUGUUACUUUGUGAUGGAUGUGACGACAGUUACCAUACGUUCUGUCUCAUGCCACCCUUAUCAGAAAUUCCUAAAGGUGAUUGGCGGUGCCCUAAAUGCGUCGCCGAAGAAGUAUCCAAACCCAUGGAAGCAUUUGGCUUUGAACAGGCUCAAAGGGAGUACACUUUACAACAAUUUGGAGAAAUGGCUGAUCAGUUCAAGUCGGAAUACUUUAACAUGCCUGUACACAUGGUGCCAACAGGUACAGUGGAGAGGGAGUUUUGGAGAAUAGUUUCUUCCAUAGAUGAAGACGUUACAGUGGAAUAUGGCGCCGAUUUACAUACAAUGGAUCAUGGAUCAGGUUUCCCAACAAAGUCGUCAACUAACCUCUUCCCUGGAGACAAGGAAUAUGCCGAGUCAAGCUGGAAUCUAAAUAAUUUACCAGUAUUAGAAGGAUCUGUACUUGGUUAUAUCAAUGCUGAUAUAUCAGGCAUGAAGGUUCCUUGGAUGUACGUUGGAAUGUGCUUUGCAACAUUUUGCUGGCACAACGAGGAUCACUGGAGUUAUUCGAUAAACUACUUGCACUGGGGCGAAGCGAAAACUUGGUAUGGUGUACCAGGAAGCAAGGCCGAAUCUUUUGAGGAAACAAUGAAAUCUGCAGCUCCAGAGUUGUUUCAUUCGCAGCCUGAUUUACUACAUCAGUUAGUAACCAUAAUGAACCCAAAUAUUUUGAUGAACGCCGGUGUUCCUGUGUACAGAACUGAUCAACACGCUGGGGAAUUUGUGGUAACUUUUCCGAGGGCUUACCAUGCUGGUUUCAAUCAAGGUUACAACUUCGCGGAGGCGGUAAACUUUGCUCCAGCCGACUGGCUGCGGAUGGGACGUGAAUGUGUUUUACAUUAUUCACAUUUAAGGCGUUUCUGUGUAUUCUCUCAUGACGAACUGGUUUGUAAGAUGGCUCUUGAUCCAGAGAAAUUGGAUCUGACCAUAGCUGCAGCCACGUAUCAAGAUAUGCUCGUCAUGGUGGACACCGAGAAAAGGCUACGGAAGACUUUGUUGGACUGGAAUGCCUGCGNUGAAUUACCCAACCUGCGUCUUAUUGCAACUCGAUUAAAGCAAGUGCAAUGGCUUCGUGAUGUCGAAGCUUACAGGAAUAAAACGAACGUUAUGGGUCUUGACGCGAUAAAAGAUCUCAUUCGUGAAGGCACUUUGAUACCGCCUCAUGCUGAAAUGGAAGAAGAAUUAUCAAAACUCCAAAGCAUCCUUCAGACAAGUGAGGAAUGGGAGGAACAAGCUAACGAGGUUCUAAAAUCGGAAGACAAUAAUGUGUUGAUCCAAGUCGAUAAACUACUCAAGGAAGCGUCUAAAAUUUCUUGCUUUUUGCCUAGUGAGGGUCACUUGUAUGAUUCGAUGAAGAAGGCAAGAGACUGGUUGAGACUGCUGGAAGAAAUGAAUUCUGCAGAAUAUUAUCCGUAUUUUAGUGCCAUGGAGGAACUGAUAAAAAAGGGCAAGUCUCUGGCUCUCCAUCUUGUGGAAGUUGAUAGAAUGAAUGACUAUCUCACGUUAGCGACUGGUUGGAAAGAGAAGACUAGUCGAGCAUUCCUAAGAAAAAAUUCAAACUGUUGUCUUAUGGAGGCGUUGUCACCUAGAACUUCGACUCCUAAUUCAGUAAAAAACAAUAAGAAAAACAAAUGCACGGAAGACGACACUAACCCGAUAUCCCUUACUAACGCGAUGGAUCCAGCUGCGGUGGUAGCUGUAUUCAAAGACGCAGAAGACGCGGAAAUGGCUAUGAUAAAAAAAUUACGUACUGCAAAUAUGGCAAAGAGUUUAGACCCCAGUGAAGGACACACAUUUUGUGUCUGCGGAAGGGGUCUGUUCGGGGUCAUGAUGCAGUGCGAAUUAUGCAAAGACUGGUUCCACUCAACCUGUACACAACUUCCAAAAGUCGCAACUACAAAGUACAAAGGAAAUUUCACAAAUAUAGCGUUGCAUUUGGGCUUUAAAGACUGUAAAUUCCUCUGCCCGAAUUGCCAACGCACGAAACGCCCUCGUUUAGACGUUAUAUUAGGAUUACUAAUGUCGCUACAAAAAUUAUACGUAAGAGUUCCCGAAGGCGAAGCUCUGCAGUGUCUUACUGAACGUGCCAUGAAUUGGCAGGACAGGGCCAGGCAGUUAUUACAACACCCGGAACUGGAAAAGGCAAAGAAUAAGUUGGCUAUGUUUAGUCAGAAGUAUAACGAAGCUGCGGCUAGGCAGAGAACGGAAAAGAUUAUUUCGACAGAAUUGAAAAGGGCAUCAAAGAAUCCGGAGUUACAUCAGAGAGUCCAGGAGAUAACUCCUUACAGUGGUGUAGCAGAGGAAGGUGUAACGUGCGACAGUGGCAUUAACGAUUCAGACGAUGCUUCCAGGGAAUCCAAAGAUUCUGACGACCGUAUGGGAGAACACGCCUAUUCCUUGCAUCUUCCGAAAGUCGGUGACGGAGAAGAUUACAUAUUGGAUAUCAAUGCGGAAGUCAGAAAACAGUUAGAAGAACUGCUCAUGGAAGGCGAUUUAUUGGAAGUUUACUUAGAUGAAACUUUCGCUUUGUGGAAACUUAUGCAGGCGUCGAGAGAACCUGAAAGAGAAGCUGUGCUAAUCGAUUUUGAUGCACAUAUGAAAAAUACUCCCAAGAAAAGAGGAAGAAAACGUCUUUCUGAAGAAAUAGAAACAGCUAAAAAAGGGGGAAAAACAGUAAAAGUGGAAGGUGAAAAAAAGAUUCGUGGACGUAAAGUAAAAGAUAACAAGGAAGUUACCAACAAAAAAAGAGGCAAGCGAAGAAUUCGUCACUGCCAGUCGACAUCUGCUCAAUCAGACAGCGACGAUGACGACGAUGAAGCAUGUGCUGCAAAUGGCUGUCAGAAACCAACUGGGCAAAAUGUAGAUUGGGUGCAGUGCGAUGGAGGGUGUGAACAGUGGUUCCACAUGGCUUGUGUUGGGUUGUCAGCAGAGGACAUAAACGAAGACGAGGAUUACAUUUGUAUAACUUGUUCAAGAACAACAACUUAUGAAAAUUUGAAUGACAGCCGAUCAAGCAGUCCUAGAUCUCCCGAUUCAACUCAGCCUUCCACAUCUAAAGACUUCUCAUAGUGCAAACCAUUAGUCACAUGUUCAUUGCAUUUCAUACAAUGGACACUUUAAAAAGAAGUAUUUUAGUAAAUAGAGAUGUACACAGUUCAGUUGUGAUAAUUUAAACGUAAGGAUUGUAAAAUAUUUUUAUUGUAUCACUCUAUGUAUAUUAUUUGUCUAAAAAGUUAUUUAUCUUCAUUUAAAUUAUGUCAUUGUAUAUACUACUAAAUCAUUUUGAAAUCUAAUAGGUACAAAGUGAAAGUAUGAAGAAAAAAGGAAAAACUUAUAAACAUAAAUUUUUUAAUGACAAUUUUAAGCACUGCAAAUUAUUGUGGUAUGACCCAGCAUCCCUGCCUCAACUUCCUUUUCUCAACUUUAUAUUUUGUAACUGCAUUUACCAAUUUUAUAUUUAUUACUAUCGAAGCCAAAUUUCUUCAUAUUGUGAUCCUGGCAGUUUUUACUUUAGUUUUUAUUGAAGGCAAGUUAAUUGGUUUUAAAAUUAUUGUUAAACACUUUUCCAAGAGGGGAAGAGUAUCUGGAAAUUGUUAGUAAUUUGUAGAGAUGGGCACUUUUCGGAAAAGUGGGUUACGGUCAUGUCCGUUGGACAUGUCGAUGAAAUGUCCGGAUAUGUCGGGAAAAGUACUUUUGAGCUUGAAUCUAAUAAGGCACCUAUGAGUGAUGUCAUGUUUUCACAGGUCAUUGCUUGAGGGUACACGAAGGAAAAUUUUAUUUUAUUAUAAAAUAUGGACAUAUGAAAAGUUAUGUUUUUAAAAUCGGUUAAACAAUUACUAACAAAAUUACAAGAAAAUUGCUAAAUCUUUAAUUUUUCAUGUACCAACCUCAAACAUUUUUUGCGGGAAUUAUGAAUGCAACAAAUAAUUCCGUGCAUACGCAUACAACUUUUCAAUCUUGAAAAGUGUCCUCAGGACAUGUCCACUUUUCACCACAUGUCCAGCUGACAUGUCUGCGGCACAUCUCUAGUAAUUUGUAACUUAAAUUUGAUUAAUAUAUUUUCCUGUUUGGUCUUUACAAUUAUCGAAAAAUUUAUGUUUAUUAGUAAGCAGAUAACACCACGAUAUCAACUCUAAAUUGUAAGAUUCCUUUAUAAAUUUCCAAUGAAAACUACAAUAUUAGGUGCAAUUAAAUAUUAUGCUUUUGAUAAAUUAUUAGAGGUACGGAGUGAAACGGAAUUUGAAAAUGAACUCUUAAGUGGUUCUAGGAUGCAUUGUAUGAGUUUUUGUUAGGUUAAUUGAAGAAAUUCGAGUGCAAAAGUAUACUUCCAAAACAACCAACUGACGUUAUAAAAUUUUUGGUCAUGUUAUCAGUGUUAUAAGGUUUGUCAUACGCUGUCGAUUCAAGGCAGAAAAACUGAAAUAAAUUAUUAUUUUUAGAACUUAAAUUUUAUUUAUAAGAAAAUAGACUUUAUUUCUUUCUAUUAAUUAUGAGACUAUUUUAGUUUUAUGCCUUCAAUGAAACAGAGGUCUCAACAAACCGAUACUUUAUAUAUGUUAGAUUCUUUUUAAUACAUGUAAUUUUGGAUGUCACUUGUUUAAUUUUACAUUGUCAUGUUUUACUUUUUUAGUCAUCAUUAUUUUGU